AUGGUCCACUGCGCCGGCUGCGAGAGGCCUAUCCUGGACCGCUUUCUGCUCAACGUGCUGGACAGAGCCUGGCACGUCAAGUGCGUGCAGUGCUGCGAGUGCAAAUGUAAUUUGACAGAGAAAUGUUUUUCUCGAGAGGGGAGACUGUACUGCAAAAAUGAUUUCUUUAGGCGGUUCGGCACCAAGUGUGGCGGGUGUUCGCAGGGCAUCUCUCCUAACGACCUGGUCCGGAGGGCCCGGAGCAAAGUGUUUCACCUCAACUGCUUCACCUGCAUGAUGUGCAAUAAGCAGCUCUCCACCGGGGAGGAGCUCUACAUCAUAGACGAAAACAAAUUCGUUUGCAAAGACGAUUACCUAAACAACACCAGUGUAAAAGACACCAACCUCCUCUCAGUAACGGCAUGCAGCGAUCCGAGUUUAUCACCGGACUCUCAAGACCAGCUACAGGACGACGUGGUCCUAAAGGACACGGAGAUCGCCGCCCUGUCUGACAAGGAGACGGUGAACAACGAGAACGACGACCAGAACCUGGGCGGGAAGCGGCGCGGCCCCCGGACCACCAUCAAGGCCAAGCAGCUGGAGACGCUGAAGGCCGCGUUCGCCGCCACCCCCAAACCCACCAGACACAUCAGGGAGCAGCUGGCCCAGGAGACCGGCCUCAACAUGAGGGUCAUCCAGGUCUGGUUCCAGAACCGACGUUCCAAAGAGAGGCGCAUGAAGCAGCUGAGCGCGCUGGGCGCCCGGAGACACGCGUUUUUCCGGAGCCCGCGGCGGAUGAGAACGCUGGUGGACCGGCUGGAGCCCGGAGAACUCAUCCCCAACGGGCCCUUCUCCUAUUACGGAGAUUAUCAAAGCGAGUACUACGGCCCGGGAGGAAACUAUGACUUCUUCCCUCAGGGGCCUCCGUCAUCGCAGGCCCAGACCCCCGUUGAUCUGCCCUUCGUGCCCUCCUCAGGCCCCACAGGCACCCCCCUUGGAGGCAUGGACCACCCCCUGCCAGGCCACCACCCCUCCAGUGAGGUGCAGCGUUUCUCUGAUAUCAUGUCCCACCACCCGGGGGACUCUCCCAGCCCGGAGCCCGGCAUCCCGGGGCCCCUGCACAGCAUCUCCUCCGAGGUGUUCGGCCCUAGUCCACCCUUUACCUCACUGUCACUGAACGGCAGCGGAUACAACAACCACCUGUCCCACCCGCCCUCGGAAAUGAAUGAGGGCACCGUUUGGUAG